AACGGGGGAUAUGAACAAUGUACUUUCACGAGGAGUGGAAGGGCAUAAAUAUUUAGUGUCGAUUAAAAAAGUUAAAUUAAAUAAUUUUUUUUACAAAGAAGUCAACAAGAUGAAAUCUGGUAUCGCUUUUCUGUUACUUUUAGUGGCAGGAUGUUUAACAGAAGAAGAGUCAACUUGUCGAGAUAGCGUAUCGUUCUGUUCUCACAUGAAACUGACUUGCAAAUAUUUCAGCAAAACAAAAGAAUUAUGUCAACGAACUUGUGGAACUUGUUCAGUUGACUGCUCAAGAACAGAGUCGAACACGCGUCAACAGUGUGGUACCUCAGCCACUACGAAGGAUCAAUGCCUUAACUUAGGUUGUUGUUGGAAACCUCUUGAUGAUAAUACAAAUACGCCAUGGUGUUUUAAAGCAUGAAACAUUAUUGUAAACAUUUCCUCUUGUUUUUUCUUAAUAUUAAACUUGCCAGCCUUAAUUUCAGAACUAAAUAAACUAUUUUUAAACAUUGAAAUACACAACAUAAGAAAUA